AUGCCUGCUUUAGGUUGCAUCGAUAAUAGUUACAUAUUCUCCAGCGACACCUCUCUCCCCACCGCCGCUGACGUGUUUAUCCCGACGUCACCAACUUCCUCCUCCUCCUCCGACAUCUCUUCCAUUUGGAAUCCCUCUCUCUCCGCCUCUCUAUACGGCAUAGACGGAUGGGGAGCUCCUUACUUCGCCGCAAACUCUUCCGGUAACAUCUCCGUUAGCCCUCAUGGCUCCAACACUCUGCCUCACCAAGACAUCGAUCUAAUGAAUGUAGUUAAGAGUGUUACCGAUCCCAAAUCCUCAGGUGGUUUAGCGUUGCAGUUCCCUCUCAUCGUACGGUUCCCUGACGUGUUGAAGCACAGGGUCGAGUGUCUCAACUCCGCGUUCGAUUUCGCGGUUAAGAGUCAGGAGUACGGUUCUCAUUACCAAGGUGUUUUUCCGGUUAAAUGCAACCAAGACCGGUUCAUUGUGGAGGAUAUCGUGAAUUUCGGUUCUCCUUUCCGGUUUGGUUUGGAAGCUGGUUCUAAACCGGAGAUCCUUCUCGCUAUGAACUGUUUGUGUAAAGGUAACCCUGACGCCUUUCUCAUCUGUAACGGCUUCAAAGACGCGGAGUAUGUUUCUUUGGCUCUCCUCGGGAGAAAGCUUGCGUUCAACACUAUGAUUGUCCUCGAGCAAGAACAUGAGCUUGACUUUGUUAUCGACCUGAGCAAAAAGAUGAACGUGAGGCCUGUCAUUGGGUUAAGAGCUAAGCUUAGAACCAAACAAACUAAUCAUUACGGGUCCAAUUCUGGUGAAAAGGGGAAGUUUGGAUUGACUAGUGCUCAGAUUGUUCGUGUCGUGGCGAAGCUUAGAGAGUUUGGUAUGCUUGACUGUCUCCAGCUCUUGCAUUUUCACAUUGGCUCACAGAUUCCAUCGACUUCUUUGGUAUCUGAUGGUGUCUCCGAAGCUGCUCAGCUUUACUGUGAGCUUGUGCGUCUUGGUGCUAACAUGAGAGUUAUUGAUGUUGGUGGUGGUUUGGGGAUUGACUAUGACGGGUCUAAGUCUGGAGAAGGUCAUAUAUCUGUUGCUUAUACUCUCCUGGAGUAUGCUGAAACUGUUGUAGCUUCUAUAAGAAAUGUAUGUGACCGGAGAUCGGUGAAACAUCCGGUGAUAUGCAGUGAAAGUGGAAGAGCAACAGUCUCUCAUCACUCUGUGUUGAUCUUUGAAGCUGCCUCCGAUGUUAAACCAAUGGCUCACCAACCAAAGCCUGAUGAAAUCCAGUUCCUGCUCGGAGGUGAGGAAGAUCUUUACGCUGCUGUGAUGCGUGGAGACCAAGAAAAGUCUCUACUUUACGUGGAACAGCUAAAAAAGAGAUGUGUUGAGGGUUUCAAGGAUGGUGUUUUGAGCAUCGAGCAGUUAGCUUCUGUUGACGGGUUAUGUGAAUGGGUUUUGAAAGCUAUAAAUGGGUCGGAUCCGGUUCAGGCUUACAACAUCAACUUAUCAAUGUUCACUUCGACUCCUGACUACUGGGUGUGUGGACAGCUGUUUCCUAUAGUUCCUAUCCACAAGCUCGAUCAAAAGCCUGAGGCUCGUGGGGUAUUUUCUGAUUUAACGUGUGACAGUGAUGGGAGGAUUGAUAAGUUCAUAGGCGGCGAGUCUAGCUUGCCGUUGCAUGAGAUAGACAGCUAUGGAGGUGGAGGAAGGUACUUAUUGGGUUUAUUCCUUGGUGGGUCUUAUGAGGAGUCUAUGGGUGGACUUCAUAAUCUCUUUGGCGGGCCAAGUGUUGUCCGUGUCUUGCAGAGUGAUGGGCCACAUGGCUUUGCAGUGACCAGAGCCGUGCCUGGCCAGUCCACUUCUGAUGUUCUCCGAGCAGUGCAGCAUGAGCCUGAGCUAAUGUUUGAGACAUUAAAGCACCGAGCAGAGGAAGUGAUGCGUACCAAAGGAGGUGGUGAAGAAGUAGAAGAUGACAAUGAGUACAAGAAUGUGGCUGCUUGUCUCGACCGUUCGUUCCACAACAUGCCGUAUCUCGCGACCGAGGAGGGCAUCAGUGAGUAA